AUGGAUUCCCGCCGCCGCAUCGACCCCGCGGAAGAAGCGCGCCACCGGCAGGUGAUGGACAGCCUCGGCGUGUACGACGCCGACUGGGCUCUUGGUAAAUAUCCAAUUUUCUCGUCCAAGACCUUGGAGCAGUCUGACGUCCAGUCGGGGCAGAACCGGCUGCUCCUCACCAAGGAGACGGUGCGGGGCGGCCCUAUCCCCAAGUUCUUCCCGGAGCUGGAGGAGCUUGGUGACGAUGGGCUGAACGCCCAGAACAAGGUCUCGGUCAAGGUCCUCGACGCGAAGGGCCACGAGAAGGAUGUGCACCUCCGCUACCUCAACUCCAACAGGGCGUACCGGGUCGUGGGGUCUGACUGGAGGAAGCUAGUGGAGGAGAGCCACAUGUGCAAGGGAGACCGCCUCGACAUGUACGCGUGCAGGCGCGGCGACGGCGAGCGCUGUCUCUUCGUGUUCAGGAGCAAGGGCGGUGGUGAUACGUCCAGCUGCACCGGACGUAAGCGCACCCGACAGCCUUCCGUCGCAGCUCGCUAUCCUGCCGCGGACGACGACGACGACUUCGUCGAUGCUGGCCGUGCUGCUGAUCGGAGCGCCAAGCGAGAUUGCAACAGCCACUAUUACGCAGACGCCGAUAACACCGGAAGCCAUCGGAGAGAUCGUGGCAAGAAGCACAAGCGAGCUAAGAGCGGCCAUGUCAGGAGAGAAGAUCAUAUGCGGGUUGCGGUCGACGACGAUGUGAAGGCUCUUGAUUUCCAGGGUGAUUACGGCUGUUACAAAGCCGAGGGGAGAAGGGUAAAUAAAGCACCUUGGACAUUGCCGAACUACAGUGGCAAGGAACAAGAAGCUGCCAAAGGCCUCUUAAUGUUGAAAUAUGCUAUUUUUGCUGAGCACUAUAAGGGUAGCAUUUAG